GGUUUAGUGAUGUUAGUUGGAAGUGAUGCUUCACUCACGUUGCUUGUUGUUGUCCACUUGUCCGAGAGGGUUUAGAGACUGAUCCCUUCUUGGUUCGACGCCCCUGAACGGUGCAGGCAGACAUCUCUUGCAAAACGAGUGGAGACAAGGCAGCAAUUUGGGCUCUCGGUUGUGAAAGCUCAAUUUACAAACGGGACAUGUGUCCAUCAACCCCAUGGCGCUUUGGGGCUUGGGCUUCUCUUCCCCGAGUGGUAAACUCUCCGCCUCGUUCUCAACGAUGAUGACAAUAUCGUCGUUCUUAACAGAUUUGCAACUCGGAUCCAUUUCACUGACGCGUAUUGAUUAUAUUGGGGAAAGUCAAUGACGACCCUGUUACGUUAAAAGACAAAAUUUUGAUUUAGUUUUUAAUUACGUUAAACUCGGGGGCAUCUCAUAGUUAUUCCGUUACAAAUACAUUCGAAUUAACAAGCAUAUUGUUGUUAUGUUUGUAAUAAAUGCGUCGGAAGUAGUUAGCUAGCAUGUUAGCAACUUAGCGUUCAAGUCGUUUAAUACAUUAAAACGCGAGAUAUUAAGUGUAUUUACGAUUAAAUUACGUUUAAAUAACAUCUUAUGUGCUUAGUAAAGAAUAAAACUCACACUGGAUACAUUAAAUUGAAGAAAAUUUGUCUUUAGGAAACGCGUCCAUCGGUUCUUUCUGCUCAAAAGAGGCACACAUUGCCCAGAAUGCUUUGCGCCGUCUUAAAGCGACAAUGUCCCACUCGUAAGACAAAAAUAACGUAGGAUUUCACUCAAAACGAGUGGAAUAAUGAGCUGGGUGACGCAGUUAUUACUUGACAUUGUCGCUCUUUGGACCUGGGUGGGGUUUCGCCGCGACUAAAGGGCGCGCAGUAAGAUUUAAAUGACACAUAUUUCAGCGUUACUUCAUCGGUGCACACGUUACGGAGCUGAGGAAAUUGAUGAAUUAUUGACAAUUUGCUAAUGAUGAACUGGACGGCUGAAAGUCACGCUGUCCCUCUUUGCGACGGGACGAGCAUACCUGUCAUAGGACUGGGUACUUACGCAGAUCCGCGCACGACUCCUAAAGACACUGCGUAUAACGCUGUAAAAGUGGCUAUUGAGACAGGAUACAGACACAUUGAUGGAGCUUUGGUUUAUUUCAACGAACAUGAGGUGGGACAAGCCAUCAGAGACAAAAUAGCAGAUGGAACUGUCAAACGAGAAGACAUCUUCUACUGUGGAAAGCUCUGGAACACAUUCCACCCACCAGAACUGGUCCGGCCUGCUCUGGAGAGAACUUUGAAGACUUUACAGUUGGAAUAUGUCGAUUUAUACAUCGUUGAGUUACCCUUGGCGUUUAAGCCAGGCGACAACUUCUACCCGAGAGAUGAAAAUGGGAAAUUCAUCUAUCAUGACACAGACCUCUGUGCAACUUGGGAGGCUUUGGAAGCUUGCAAAGACGCCGGACUGGUGAAAUCGCUCGGGGUGUCCAACUUCAACAAGCGCCAGCUGGAGCUGAUCCUCAACAAACCUGGAUUGAAACACAAACCAGUUUCAAAUCAGGUUGAAUGCCACCCUUACUACACUAACCCAAAGUUGUUGGAGUAUUGCAGGCAGAAAGAUAUCGUCAUAGUGGGAUACAGCCCUUUAGGGACAUCUAGAGAUGCAUCCUGGGUGAACUUAACCUGCCCGCCACUGCUGGAGGAUGAGCUUCUUGUGUCACUGGCUAAAAAGUACAAGAAGACCACAGCUCAGAUUGCGCUCAGGUUUAACGUCCAAAGAGGAGUCGUGGUUAUUCCAAAGAGCUUCAGCCCACAUCGUAUCAGGGAGAACUUCCAGAUCUUUGACUUCUGCAUUUCCGACGAGGACAUGAAAGCCAUUGAAGGUCUCGACAAAAAUAUUCGCUUCGUGGAGCUUCUCAUGUGGGCCGACCAUCCCGAGUAUCCUUUUCACGAUGACUACUAAAAACCGAGGAAGUACAUUUUCUGCUAAUCCUUAAUGUGAUUUGGAGUAGGAUACGAAUCAAAUACAAUCAGCUAUGCUACAUUUUUAAAAUAUUUUAGUUGAAAAUGAGUUUUUCCCAUCUUGUUUUUGGAUUAACCAUUCAUCAGUGUGUUAUGUGACAAUAUUUUUAACAGGUGAUGCUUUAAAUGUCGAUCAAAAAAUUGUUUUAAUGAUCAUUUAUGGGCUUUUAAACAAUACUGCAUGAAUUUAAGUGGAAUUAUAAGUAUGUUCAAUAAAAUAACCCAAGACAAAAAAAAAAAGUUUUCUAUUAUUCGCCUCAACGACUCCGAGUUGAUAGCGUAACUACCGUAGCAAACAACAGCGACAAGCGGUGUUAAUUAUUAAAAAGGGACUUCAGAAAAAUUAGUUCUUUUUUUUACAUAGUCACAGUGAACUGUGAAUAUGACAUUUAACGUGGCUGAAUCCAGAUGGUCCCUGUUAAGACAAACAUAAAGUAAGUUUAUGAGUAGGGCUGUCAAAAUUAUCGCGUUAACGGGCGGUAAUUAAUUUUUUAAAUUAAUCACGUUAAAAUAUUUGACGCAAUUAACGCACAUGCCCCGCUCAAACAGAUUAAAAUGACAGCACAGUGCAAUGCCAACUUUUUACUUGUGUUUUUUGGAGUUUUGUCGCCCUCUGCUGGCGCUCGGGUGCGACUGAUUUUAUGGGCUUAAGCACCCAUGAGCAUUGUGUAAUUAUUGACAUCAACAAUGGGGGGCUACUAGUUUAUUUUUUGAUUGAAAAUUUUACAAAAUUUUUUCUAACGAAAAAAUUAAGAGGGGUUUUAAUAUAAAAUUUCUAUAACUUGUACAAACAUUUAUCUUUUAAGAACUACAAGUCUUUCUAUCCAUGGAUCGCUUUAACAGAAUGUUAAUAAUGUUAAUGCCAUCUUGUUGAUUAAUUGUUAUAAUAAACAAAUACAGUACUUAUGUACCGUAUGUUGAAUGCAUAUAUCCAUCUUGUGUCUUAUCUUUCCAUUCCA